AUGGGCCACCGAGAAUUGACACCCGUCCAUGUGCCGCUGCGAACAUCGAGCCGAACUCCGGUACGAAUCGACCCGGAGGAAAAGAAGGGUACCACAGUCGCAGAUCGGAGGGCAUCGAAAGCCCAACGGUUCUUCGGAACCGACAUUACACUUCCCAAGGAACAUGGCGGAUGGCAAGAGGCCCCAAAUGUACCCCGGCCGAGCUUUGUGAAGCCUCCCGGCAGUGCGCCUAAACAGGGCUCCGGCUUCAUGCCAUUCCCGAAUCCUUCAGAUCACUUGAUCCCCGAGCAAAACCUUCGCGUGCGGGCUUCAUCACCUCUGCUAGGCCAAAACUACCAAUCACAGGAAGCUGCACCACCUCUCCCGAAACCGUCGAAAAAGAUCCACCAUACUGGCUCCUCGUCGACCUUAUUCUCCUACUUCACCUCCAAAGAAUCAUCCAAAUCAGUCAAGAACCAGCCCCUCCAGCCUAGAGUACGACAUGGCCUCAGCAUUGAUCCCCAAGUCACAUACACGCAGGUGUCAGAUCCACCAAAGGAAUCCAAGCGGAAGAUGCGUCCAUCGAGAAUUGACCUUUCUGGGUUGUUCCCAAAACCGAAGAACCCCGCACCACAAACACUUCUGUCCCCUCACCGAAUGGUCGACUCCCCCUCACCAGUUUCAACAGUUGUGGCGGAACCUGCUCCCCACAAGGUUGACAGGAUAAGCACCACGCAAAAAAUUACGUCAAGGAGACCGGUUGAUAUACCUACUCGCCGAUCGUCGGCAGUCACUAAGAACGACCCAUACAAGCAUGGUAUCGAUAAUUCGGAUUUGCCUUCAAUUGCAGAGAGCAAGAGCAGCGACUGGCUCGACCACCCGUUGGAACGGACGGUGGGAACGAGUGAGAUCGACCUGGCACUGGAUAGAUAUGCGGGACGGCGCUCACUCAUGAGUCGCUCGAGUAUGUAUUCGAACAGCCGAGAACACUUGCAGCAGGAGCAGCCACGCCACCAGGAAACUCGUAAAAGCUCGCGACGUGCCCGCAGCCCUACUUCUCGACCCAAGGACAAUUAUUUGAGCCCUACCACAUGUCCGGACUCGGGUCGGGCUCGUGGCAAGAGCACUUCUCAAGAGUCCUGGAAGUCUGACGUAUGGAAUUCAAAGAGCGUGAAGAGCUCGUUGACUAAGAAGAGCAGUAAGAGCACCUUGAAAAACAAGGAUCUGCGAAAUACCAGUAUCCUCUGCCUUUCCUCUUCUUCAGAGGAUGAGGACGAUGAUGAAGAACAUACACCUACCACCGCGCCAAAGAACGGGAACAAGUUCCGAGGCAGUGUGGAUCCCUACGGUGACUAUGAGGGCGAGGUGUACACAGCUUCCACUGCGCAUGCCACCACCGCCACGGCAGUGAGGCGCUUUGCUCGGGCGCCUUCGACUAGCAGUCGUGGCUCCCACCUCACCGAAAAGAGUCAACCAAUCCCAGCAGCUCGUCCACGAAAGGCUUCUCAGACCUCGAACGGCAAGUCUUCUCAGACGACGCGACGAAGCACACAGGCCAAUCGCUCGAGCGGAGUUCCCACUAUCCCGGAUGAGAUCCUCGCGGCAUUCCCGCAGCAGCCUUCUCGUACUCCCGCAGAGCUGAAGGAGUUAAACCGAAGGAGUCGCGUGAUCGCAGUGACCCGCCAAGAGCAAGAUCUGCUUGAGGCGAUGCGAGUUCGUAAGGGCAAGGUCACACCUAGCCUGUUCAAUGCGGCUGGAGCGGACCGGAGAUCACUAGCCUCUGGCCCGUCCCGCGAUUCAUUCUGCGGAUCCGACACUUCAUUCUUGCGUCUUAGCAACGUCUUCCCCCCGUUUGACGCUCGGUCCGAAAAGAGUGUUGCCCAGACCGGCACCGCACUCCCGUCCCCGGGCUUCAGUACCGACUACUCCGAAAGCUUGCCCUCGCCUUCUACCAAUGGUGCUUCACCGUUAACGCCUACUUUGCCAAUUCAUCGUUUUUCGCCGCUUCCUUCCCCGAAGCCCCCUCCACAAGGCCCCCCGCCUGCCAUCCCGGAAGAUCAGAAGCUACACACCCGACGCCGCAGUGAUAGUAGUGAAGCUAUCAUGUUCCAUGCCGGUGGUGAGUUAAAACACAAUCACGGUCUUCCUCUUUGGUCUUUCGACUUUGAUUGGAACCAGGAGCGCGCCAAUAUCGCUACUGUGCAUUAA